GGUCAAAGCACCAGAUUCUUUCCUUACCAGCGUUACCCAAACGUCGUCGACUAUAAAACCUUCCGACCACCGUCUCCGAUCCAUCAAUCUCUUCUGCUUCUUUACUUCAAAUCACAGAAAUGGACAUCCGAGAAUCAAUUACCCACCAAACCCACGUCUCCAUCACACUCGCAAACCAUCUUCUCUCCAAGAAAUCCCCAAACUCCAACAUUGUUUUCUCUCCGCUUUCCCUCCAUGUUGUUCUGGGAUUGGUMGCCGCCGGUUCCAAAGGCCAAACGCUCGAUCAGUUGCUCUCUUUUCUCAAAUCAAACACCAUUGAUGACCUCAACACUCUUUCUUCGCAGCUUGUGUCCUUGGUGUUCGCCGAUGGUAGCCCAAGCGGUGGCCCUCGUUUGUCUUUUGCAAACGGUGUUUGGGUUGAUCAAACCCUGUCUCUUAAACCUUCUUUCAAACAGGUUGUGGAUGGUGUCUAUAACGCAGCUUCUAAUCAAGCCGAUUUUCAGAACAAGGCUGUUGAGGUUGCCAAUGAAGUGAAUUCAUGGGCCGAAAAGCAGACCAGUGGCCUUAUCAAAGAUAUCCUCCCUGCUGGUGCAGUUAACAACACCACCAGGCUCAUAUUUGCAAAUGCAGUCUACUUCAAAGGAACUUGGAACGAGAAAUUUGACCCAUCAAAAACAAAAGAUUACGAUUUCCAUCUCCUCAAUGGGAGCAAAAUCCAAGCACCCUUCAUGACCAGCAAGAAGAAACAAUUCGUGAGUUCGUAUGAUGGUUUCAAAGUCUUGGGCCUUCCCUAUCUACAGGGCGAAGAUAAACGGCGUUUCACAAUGUACAUCUAUCUCCCAGAUGCAAAAGAUGGUCUCCCGUCUUUGAUGGAGAAAAUAAGUUCUGGAUCUGAUUUCUUGGAACGACACAUUCCUUACCAAAAAGUAGAAGUCGGGCAGUUUUUGAUCCCAAAAUUCAAGAUCUCAUUUGCGUUUGAAGCUUCUGAGACGUUGAAGGAAUUAGGUCUGGUGUUGCCUUUCUCGGGUGGAGAAGGUUUAACUGAAAUGGUGGAAUCCUCCAUUGGUGGAAACCUGUAUGUUUCAAGCAUUCAUCAUAAAUCCUUUGUGGAGGUGAAUGAAGAAGGUACAGAAGCUGCAGCAGCCUCUGCAGCUGUUGUGAUGCUCAGAUCCCUGAGGACCAAUGAUAAGAUCGAUUUCGUAGCAGAUCAUCCCUUCUUGUUUGUUAUUAAAGAAGAUAUGACCGGAGUCGUGCUGUUUAUAGGACAGGUGGUUGAUCCUCGUGAUUCUUGAUCCAGAAGUUGAAAUCUUUUUAUCGCGUAUGAUGGCUGUAUUUGUAUUCUAAAUGUGUGCUAUAAUGUGCGUUUCUUACCAGUGUCAAUAAAUCUCUAGUUCUAUGAAUCCAAUUUGUUUUGGAUGGCCUUGUUUCCGGUAAAUAUCUGAUUAUGGUAUGAAAAGUUGUCAGUGUAAAUGAGGAUGGUGAGUCUUGUCGGAAUCACUUAUCCGAUAAGUGUUUAGGAAACGAACCUUACAUGAUCAAUGUUGACCGAUUGGUGUAUGCUUUUUGGUUAAA